GAACAUAAUGGAGUUCUAGCACUAACUUCGAGUUUAGGAAGACAGGUAGUUUAUCAUGCUCGACCUCAAAAGCUAUGCAAAAAGGGCGCGAGCUGAGCUGACAACUCUGCGUGCGACACCCUUGGCCUUUGACCUCCAAGAGAGCAUCAACCAACUUCAUGUGGAAAAGGAGACUACACUCGCAAUACUGACUCAAGCCCAGGGCACCAGUGCAGGACAGGUAGAUGAAGACAGAACUGUCACGAAGAGAGUAUGGGAAUGCUGGCAGAAGCGUGUUAAGUUGCGGAGGCAAAUAUGUCGCGAUUUGUGGGGAAGAUGUGUAGAGAUGGUGGAUAAAGAUGUGACUCGAGAAGAGCUCUGGGUAUUAAUAUCUGGUUAAUCACCUUUGCCGAGACUGCUCACGGUAACGAACAGGGAUUCCUGGGGCUAGAAGGGCCUUCGAUCGUCACUUGAUUCCAAUAUUUGUAUACAUGGGUGAAGGUGAUGACCCUUCGCCACCUCUCGUCAGUUUCCUUUCCAGUGUGCAGUGCUUAACGUACCAUGUCAUACAAAUUUAUAUCGCUAACGGGAGUACCUACAGUACAUCUACUCCGAAGUACUAUAAAGUAUGUACCGAGUGCCCACAUAGAUGUGGGGAAAGGUUGUGUUACUGACUGGUUCUUCCACCUGAAAGCCUUGGGUGAUGAAAUAAAUGAUGGAGUAAGUGGGACACGGGGUCUGAAGAAAGCUAUGCUCC